ACUUUUAUUAUGAUUCAGUUUUAGAAUUUAGCUCAGCAUAUUUAGAGCCAUGCAUGCCAUUGAACAAGUUAGUCAUUUUGUAGACAUUACAACUCAGCUCAGACGUUCAGUAAUCAUUAGACCUGAAAUUAUAAAUAACAUAAAUGCUCUAAUUGAUAGUCUGUUAAAUUUUGCAUAAAAGUAUUAAUUUUUUAUACUCUUCUCAUGAAGACAGUCAAGAAUACCUUGAAUAUAGGCAAGAAGGCUGGACUGGAUUCAAUCCCUGGACCUCGUGGGUUGCCAGUAAUUGGAGUCCUGCCACAUUAUGCGUGGAAUCAUGGAUCCUAUUUCUCAUUGGAAAAGCGUUUCUCGGACACCUAUGGUCCCAUUCAUACAGAGAAGCUUCUGUUCCGCACUUCAGUCGUCCUCUCCUCCCCCGAACUCAUCCAGCAGCUGACCAGGAGUGAGGGCCAGUGUCCGAUGAGACCCCCGAUUGUGAACUGGGAGGCACACAGGGAGAACAUUGGCAUGCCAAGAGGACUCGUGUCCAGCUGGGGUGAAGAGUGGCGAAGGUGCAGACGCGCUUUCAGUGGCCCGCUCCUCAAGCCCACAGAAGUGAAUCAGCUGAGACCAGCUGUGAAACAAUCCAUGAACAAGUUGGGAUCUCUUCUGGACUCAAGAGCAGAAGAAGUCCACUGCGAUGAAGUAAAAAAGAAAUUAAAAAGCUCUGACCUUUUGACUCUGCUGAAAGUUUGGUCCCUUGAAGUGGCUUUUUCUGUGACCUUUGGAAAGAAUCAUCAGCAGCGCAUCAUGAGUCAUCCAAUUGAGGAGGAUAUCCUAGAGUUCAUAGAUGUUGUGGACAAGAUUUUUGUGAUUGGGACCAAGUUUUUCCUGAUUAAUGACACGCUGGGAAAAAACUACUUGAGGCUGACGAGACAUUUCAACAAACAUUUCAAGUACUGGGACUACAUAUUCAACUUCUGUCGCCCUCAAAUACAACAGAAGCUAAAUGAGGCAAAAAGUAAAGCCAACCCAAAAACAAGCGACGAUGAAACAAUGUCAGACGGAGGAUUCCUGGAAAAGGUCCUCUCUGAGAACUCUUCGAUAUCAGAGAAUGAAGUGAUUUCAUCCGUCACGGAGCUUAUUUACGGUGCAAUAGAUCAAACCUCUCUAACUUUGGGCGCAAUUCUUGGGGAAUUGGCCAUGAACCCAACACUACAAUCGCAGCUCAGAUCCAAAAUCAACACCUCGUCAUUAUCAUCUUCAGUCGAUGAAGAUUAUCCUACUAAUGUGUUUGUGCGUGCAGUUAUGAAGGAGGGGUUCCGGAUGUUUCCCUCCAUGACGAGGACAGUGAGGAAACUGACUGAAGAUAUGGAGUUGGGGGGCUACCACUUACCAGAAGGGACUUACAUCAUGAUCGGAACCUACGCUAUUGGCCGCAACCCAGAGUACUUCCGCAACCCCGAUACUUUUGACCCAACGAGGUGGCUCAAUGAUUCGGGGGAGGAGAUGGCGAGACUCAGCUCACCCUUCCUAAUUGGAAACUUCGGAUUUGGAGCCAGAAUGUGCAUCGGAAAACGACUGGCAGAGAUGCAAAUUUACGAGGCGUUAAUUUAUCUAUGA